AUGGAACCUCAUGCGCAGACGCAAACACUGAUGGCCGCCCAGAACGUGCGUGAAGGGUCGCUGGGCGUGGCGUGCAAGUGCGUGCUGCGCACGUGCUUCGUCAUCCUCAACAACAUGUACUGCAUCCCCACGUACGUGGUGUGGAUGGUGCUCAUCUUCCCGCUGCGCCGCUACCGCCCGCAGCUCUACUGGGCCAUCGAGGGCCACUUCUUCCACUGGCUGCUCGCCAUGGUCAGCAUGUGGAGCUGGUCGGCCGGAUACGACAAUUGCGGUUACCCGCCGCCGGCCGUUAAUCAGUGUCUUUCGUCCCCGUGGCUGGCUGUGUUGCGCCGAUCAGCCAGCAGUGCAGCAGCCUUCGCCAAAACAAACGGCGAGGAGGAAGCGCAGGCCUUGCGCGCGGCCCUCGCGGCCUCGCAGGCGCCCGGUUCGACGCCCGAGCGAGGUCGCCCCGCCUCGCCCCUUGCAUCGCGCCUGCGAGUCCGACACAUUCGGUUGCCUCUCGUCUCCUACAACCCCGAAAUUUGUGUAGAAUUGGUGUCGAAUGUACUUUUCCGUACUUAG